CAUCCUUUCCUGACCACCUCUGCCGCCUCUAACCAGGACCAUCCAUCGAGCGUCUGCAACUCCGAAGAAGGCUGGGCAAGGCCGACCAAAACAAAAUUAAUUGCAGGUCUCAGUACCCCAUCAACAGUGGUGGCAGAUGCUUCAGCUCCAUUGCUGUCUUCUACACCGACUCAUGACCGAAUCGUCAGUUAAGAGGAGGUGCGGACUAUGUCGAUGUGAGGGUAGAGCGAAGAGCAGAAUUAGAGUUCUUAAGGUAAGAUUGGGGAUUCAAAUCUCAUGACUAGCGAUGACCGAAACAACAACUUUGGAAAACAUGUAUGACCCUUCUUCUUCUUCUACGUCAUCCUUGUCUAUCUGUCUGCGCUCGAAGUUCUAGCCCUUUGCCGCGUCCGUCGCUUCUUUCCCCCGCUCACGUCGAAUCCAAUGGAGAAUGGAGGAGGCGGACGGGGCAAAGGUUCGUGAAUCGGGAUCCACGAGUUUGUGAUGGGGGAGAAGAGGAAAUACUCCGUGAAUUCUUCGUCGUCGAUGUUGGACGAAAAGCUUUUGGCCGAGAACGAAGUAGAGCGGGAAGGUGGAGUUUGGAGGGAGAGGAGGCGGGGGCAGUGAAUUCCAGCUCUAGGUUUUGGAAUCGACGGAGAAUUCCAAAACCUCGUGACACGAUGGCGGUAAUGCUAGGUCAUUGAUGGGUCGUGGAGGAAAAUUAAAAAAUGAUAUCCUUUUUAUUUUAAUAAUUGCACUGAUGAGAUGGAAAAUAAAAAUUAAUUUCUAUUAUAUUUUAAUUAUGACGUCACUCAUUUAUCAACUCUGAGAAAUUUAACGGAGACUAAUGGACAAGGAUCACACAUGAAAUGUUUAACCACUUCCAAUGACCACGAAUGGAAUAAAAUACUUUUAAUGACCAAACGUAAACUUUUUAGCACUUUCAAUGACCAACCUUGCAAUUUACCCGAUAAUAAAGAGAGCAUAUAUUGAAUAAUGACUCAAGUUCAUUAACUAAAUUUCGACCUUCUUGUUUGAGUGGACCUAGAAAACUCAGAUUUAAGGGUGGAGAAUAAAAUACAAUUUAUUUUCACUAGUUUUCUUAAUUGGCUCUUAUCUUCUUCGUUCUAACUCGAAUGUCAAUUUUUUUUCCACAGAAGGAACGAGUUCGUUGUGCUCUACAAAACGAAAUCCAUUCUCAAUAAUUUUUGAGGAAAAAAAAAUCAUACCUCUUGUUACCAACUUCAUACCAAAUGGUACCUCCUUCAUUAUUAAGUCAUUUUGAAAUUUUUUUGCAUAGAAGGAACGAGUUAAUUGAUCUAUUGUAUCUAAAAAUUUCUGGGUGAAAAAACACAUAACAAAAAAUAUCACACUAUACCACCCUAGUAUGGGAUUGAUAUCUUGUGGUACGCGAACAUACCAUAUGGUAUGAGUACCAAUCAAUACCAUAUGGUAUGGACUGGUAUAAAAUACCUAAAUAUUUUUUUGUUCCAAAAAAAUAUCAAAGUGUAUAUCAUUUUGAAAAGCACAAUUAAUAUGAUCUAUGUGUGCAAAAAAAAACCCGACUUAAAACGAGAGAGAAAUAGUUUGUGAAAGAUUAGAGUGGAAAAGAUUAAAGACUUUUUAUAGGAGAGAGAUGGCUACUCAUGUGACGGAUUUGGAUUGGAUUAUGCAUAGUUAUGCACCACAAGAUUACUGAUAGGAUCCGCUCUCUUGAAUAAUUAGAAAAAUCCUAAGUAUGAAUGAUUCGGGUCCAAAUGUACACAUUUUACCCCUCAUUUCUUGUCUGUUAUGCUUAGUAGAUCACCGUCCCCCCAUCUAUUUUACGCUAGGUUGUAUUUGUUUUGUUACAUUUAGGUCCUAAUACGUGUGGGAAGGUCGAGGACGAGUUUCGGGUCGAUUGGAGGUCGAAAAGCACGAAAAGGUAAGAAAAAUGCCCAAAAAGCGACCGUGACAAUUGCUCCGUGACCUUGAACUGGUUGGGUUCCAGAGCCAUUCCUGAGGUUAUUGACGCCAAGUCAGUUCACGGUCGUAAGAUCGUGAACUUCAGCUCCAGAUCGUGAAGUGUUGUAGUGAAACGACGCGUAUUGGUUCGAGUUCACGGUCUAGGCUUUCAGUUCACGGCUUUGAACUCGGAGCGUAAACAACCUUCGAUCUGGGAAUAAAAGGCAGCAGCGGAA